AUUUAAAAGACCGAACCCAGAGGGCUGUAAUGUUCACGAACGUCUUGUGAACAUAUUGGAAAUGGCAGACAAAGGCAAAGAAAGGAGAACAGAUCGGCUUAUGGCGACUGAUGCUUCGCAUACUGACGACUCUACAAUCCAAAUGAAAAGAGAUGUUGGAUUAAUCGGAGGUGUUGCUGUUAUAGUUGGAACGAUGAUAGGAAGUGGUAUUUUUGCAUCUCCAAAAUAUGUUUUAAUGUUUAGCGGUUCAGUCGGUAUGGCUUUGGUUGUUUGGGGCGUAUGUGGUGUUUUAGCCAUGUGUGGUGCAUUGUCCUAUGCAGAACUUGGUACCAUGAUACCUACAUCAGGUGGUGAAAGUACUUAUUUACUGGAAGCUUUUGGAGGCCUGCCUUCCUUCAUGUAUAUAUGGACUGCAUGUAUCGUUAUUAAACCAUCACAAAUUGCAAUUAUUUGUCUUGUGUUUGGCGAGUACGUAAUAACUCCUUUCUUUCCCGAUUGCUCGGAAAAACCUGAAAUUCAAGUUAUCGUAAAGUUACUUGCUGCGUUCGCUAUUGCCGUCAUUACGAUCGUGAAUUGUGUGAGUGUAAAGUUAGCAACGAGAGUUAUGGUGUUUUUUACUGCUGCCAAAUUGUUAGCUUUAGUUAUGAUAAUCAUAACUGGUUUAGUACGACUUGCACAAGGUUUUAAUUAUGAAGUAAGUACUAGUCGCUCGUUUGAUGGUACCGUAAUGUCGGCUGGAAUGAUUGGCGAAGCAUUCUACAACGGUUUAUGGGCCUACGAUGGAUGGAACAAUCUCAAUUAUAUUACAGAAGAAAUAAAAAAACCAAACAGAAAUCUACCGUUAGCCAUUGCAAUUGGCAUUCCAUUGGUGACUGGUAUAUAUUUAAUGACAAAUAUUUCAUAUUUUACUGUGUUGACCAAGGAAGAAGUGUUGGAAUCUUCUGCGGUUGGAGUGGUGUUUGCUCGUAGGAUGUUUGGUGUAAUGUAUUGGAUUAUUCCUGUUUUUGUUGCAUGUUCAACAUUUGGUGCUGCUAAUGGUGGUGCUUUGGCAAGUGGUAGAUUGUUAUAUGCUGCAGCUAAACAUGGUCAUUUACCUAAAUUCCUUGCUAUGAUUCACAAUACGCGUGGAGUACCUAUUCCUGGCCUUAUUUUACAGAGUUUAAUCUCGUGGGCCAUGUUGAUUCCGGAGUCAAGUAGUUUUCGUACAUUAAUUGGUUAUUUCACAUUUGCUGCAUGGGUCUUUUAUGGUGCAACAAUAGCUGGUCUUCUUUACAUGAAGUUCAUCAGUCAGAAAGAUAGAAGCAGGCCUUUCAAGGUUUUCGUGUUGUUUCCAAUAAUUGUAUUGUUAUCAGCUGUUUAUCUUGUUGCUGCACCGUUUUCAAAGGAUCCACUACCCGCUUUCUUUUGUUUAUUGUUUAUUUUGUUCGGUAUACCGGUGUAUUUCUUAUUUAUCCAUAAAAACAGAAGUCCAGCUUUUCUCAAUAACGGUCUAGAAAAGUUCACGUAUUUUGUGCAAAAAUUUGCUGAUGUGUCGUAUCCACUAUCAGAAGACGAUAUUGCUGGUAGGAAGUUGAAGAAAAUGUCUGCAUUAAUUCAAAGCGAAGAAAGGCCUCCAAGCUCGCCGGAGAAAUCCAAAGAUGAGUUGUUAGUAAAUGGUCAUAGUCAACAGGAAGGUGGCGUUACUUUACGACGUGAUGUUGGUUUAGUUGGAGGAAUAGCUAUCAUUGUUGGUACUAUGAUAGGUAGUGGUAUCUUUGCUUCACCAAAAGGGGUAUUAGCGGCAUCGGGAUCUUCAGGGAUGGCGCUUAUUGUUUGGGCGAUUUGUGGUGUACUGGCUGUUUGUGGGGCGAUGUCUUACGCCGAGUUGGGAACAAUGAUCCCAACUUCUGGAGGCGAAUACACAUACAUUCGCGAGGCAUUCGGUGCUCUUCCUUCUUUUUUGUACGCCUGGACAGCUUGUCUUGUUAUAAAACCCUCACAACUUGCCAUAAUUUGUCUAAUAUUUGGCGAAUAUAUUGUAACCCCAUUUUUUCCCGAAUGUACUGAUCGCUCUGACAUUCAACACAUUAUAAAGCUUCUUGCUGCGUUGGCAAUAGCCAUUAUCACUUUGGUGAAUUGCUUCAGUGUAAAACUGGCAGCUCGAGUGCAAGUUUUCUUUAUGGCGGCCAAACUUCUUGCUUUGGGUAUAAUUAUUUUGACAGGUUUUGUCAGACUUGGUCAAGGCUACAACACCGAACUAAAUGCUGCCAACUCAUUUGAGGGCACUGCAACUGUCAGUGAAAUUGGAUCAAUUGGUAUAGCAUUUUACAAUGGUCUUUGGGCUUACGAUGGAUGGAAUAAUCUCAAUUACAUUUCAGAGGAAGUGCACAAUCCAAACAAAAACAUUCCUAGAGCUAUCAUGAUUGGUAUUCCUCUUGUAACCGUUGUUUAUUUGUUAACAAACAUUGCAUAUUUAACUGUUUUGUCGAAAAAUGAGAUCAUUAAGGGGGGAGCUGUAGCAGUGUUAUUUGCUGAUAAGAUGUUUGGUGUGAUGGCAUGGAUAAUACCUAUGUUUGUUGCUUGUUCAACAUUUGGUGCAGCUAAUGGUUCUGCUUUAUCUAGUGGCCGUAUCUUUUAUGCUGCAUCGAAAAAUGGAGAACUUCCAAAAUUUAUGGCAAUGAUUCAUAACACUCGAUUAACUCCGAUUCCUGCUCUUCUUGCUCAAAGUUUCAUCGCAUGGGUGAUGUUGAUUCCUGAGUCAAGUAGUUUCAGUGUUUUGAUUGACUACUUUACAUUUGCAUCCUGGGUGUUUUAUGGUGCCACCAUUUCUGGUCUUUUGACAAUGAGAUUUACCAAAGCUGAUGUUUACAGACCUUUUAAAGUGUUCAUAUUUUUCCCGAUAGUCAUCGUACUUGCUGCCAUAUACUUGAUUGCCGCACCAUUUUCUCAAAACCCGUUACAAUCGUUCUUUUGUCUUCUUUUCAUUGCUGCUGGUAUUCCCAUCUUUUUCAUCUUUAUAUAUUACCAGCUUUGUCCAAAAUGGAUUAAUCAUUGUCUUGAUCGUUUCACAUUUUGGGUUCAGAAAUUUGGCGACAUCUCUUACCCAGAAUCAGCAAAUGAAAUUGUUGGUUAAGACAUCAUUUUGCUUUUUCUUCUUCAUCAAAUGUAUAUAGAGUAUGGAAGAGUUUUAACUGCAUUUUAGGAUAUGGAUGCAUGGAAUAUGCUGCACAUUUGUUAUUCAUAACAAGUGUGGAUUUUUCGUCAUAUAUGAAAGUUAUUUUAAGUUUAAUUUCAACAUGCGAUGUAACUAUUUGUGCGAAUGAGUAUAGUGUAGUUCUUAUUCUAUUGACUUUAUUUAUGGGUAAUAUUUGACAAUUAAAUUACACUUUUAAUUCCUUCCGUA